AUGGCGUCAUCUGAUGGCCCCGAAGAGGAAUUCAGCGACGAACGUUGCAAGAAACUACUCCAUGAACUGGGGCAGCACAUUGGUCUUACGGUUCCACCCACAACCUGGGCCUGCCUGUGGCUAGCCGACAUUGAGAGACUCCAAUACUGGGUGAACGAAUGGUUGCAGCGCGAUCAGAAGGACUCUCCCCGACCGGCAUCUCCACAACUGUCGGUGCCAUCGUCUGAUCCACCAACCCCCAACUCUGGCUCUCCGAAGCGCAAACUAGAUGAGAUGGAUAUAGGCGACCUAAAGCGUCGCUCAACUAUCACUAAGGGCUUAGAUCGUGUCAAAGCAUGGCACGAUGCAAUUUUUCCUCAAGGCAGAUAUAUCGAGGUCUGUUACAACCUGAUGUGUCUUUCACCCAGCGCACAUCGAUAUUACAGGAAAGGGUACUUCGCCCUUAAGCCCAUUUCACUCUCAGACGAUAAGAAAUGUCUGACAGUGAAGUUUUUCUGGCUCUGCAAGGAAUCGCGUCCGUCCAAUGUCAAUCUUUGUGAGACUCCUUUGUUAGAAGGCCGUGAUCAAGGACCAGGCUACGCUCGGCUGUGGAAUCACGAGACAACCAACCUCAUUCAGUCAGGAGAUGAACUUCCCUUGGAAACAGAAGACCCAGAGAACCUUCCUCUACCUAGCUGGGCGCUGCUGGAGAUGCAAUGGUUCUUGAACCGAGUUGUAGCCAUAAGCGGAGCUGCAGAUAUCGAGGAUGAUUAUUACGACAAUGAUGAUGACGAUGAUAGUCUGCUUUCCUUAGAUUCCUUAGAGCAAGAACAAGAUUCUGAUAUGCUUGACGAAUGGAAUUCCCAAGACGAACGGUAG